GUUCCACCAGAGCAUAUCUCCUUCUGCUCUCCCUCUUUCUACACCGCCCACUCCUUCCCUACCAUUGAUCCGACCACUCACCGCCGCCUCGCCGGCUUCUUCUUCUUCUUCGCCUCAUUACAUCGCCCGCUGCGCUUUUCUUCAUUUUUUAGGGAGAAGAAACCGCACAUUUUGGACCAAAAAAAACAAAAAACAAAAAAAACAAAAAGAAUCACCAUGGCGAGCACCGAGGACAAACCAGCCAACAAGGAGAACGUGUCCAGCUGGAAGGACUCCAUCUACAACCCGAGGACCAAGGAGGUGCUGGGUCGCACGGCCAGCAGCUGGGCCCUUAUCCUGUUGUUCUACUUGAUUUUCUACUGUUUCUUGGCUGGUAUGUUUGCCCUGACCAUGUGGGUGAUGCUGCUCACUCUGGAUGACUAUGUGCCGAGGUACAGAGACCGGGUCCCCCAUCCAGGUUUGGUGAUCCGUCCAAAUUCUAUGGAAAUCUUAUUCAACAAAUCUGAUCCACUCAAGUAUUCAACGUAUGUCCAACACCUGGAGUCCUUCCUGAAAAGAUAUAAUGAUACGGAGCAGGAGAAGAACGAGGACUGCCCCCAAGGAGAGUACUUUCUGCAGGACGACAGCGAGGACAUGAAAAAGAAAGCUUGUCGUUUCAAGAGGGGCUCCCUGAGUCUCUGCUCCGGCCUUUCAGACACCUUCUUUGGCUAUUCUGAGGGAAAACCCUGUGUGCUGCUGAAAAUGAAUAGGAUCAUUGGGCUCAAGCCUGGUGGAGAUCCUUACAUCAACUGCACAGUCAAGAAAACAGAUUACCCAGUCAUGAUGAGCUAUUACCCUAGUGGUGGACGUAUUGACAAGAUGUAUUUCCCUUACUAUGGCAAGAAAGCCCAUGAGAAUUACGUGCAACCUCUGGUGGCCGUGAAGCUGCUCCUGACCAAGGAAGACUACAACAAGGAGCUGUCGGUGGAAUGCAGGGUAGAGGGCUCCGACCUGCGCAACAAUGAUGAACGGGACAAGUACCUGGGCCGUGUCAGCUUCAAGGUGAAGGUGGUGGAGUAAAAUGAGAAGCCGGGCCGGAUGAGGACGCGAUGCAGAGGCUGCCCACGUCGCUAAGGAUUUCUAUAUUUAAGCUAAAAAAGAAAGGGAGUGUCAUAUACGUCACAAAGGCAGCAUGUAGUUGGGAUACAGAUUAGUUUGGCCUCCUGCUGGAGAUCGAAUGUUGCUUUGCUGACAUUUUUGACCCUUCUUUCCUUUAAGCUGCCGACCUCCUGAAAGAUCCCGACCCGACGACUCCAUCCAUCCGUCCGUCCGUUCGUUCAUUCACCCUUUGCACUGCUCAUUCCUCACUCAGUUAUUUUUUAUUUUUAGUAUCAAUGUAAUUAGAUAACUUACAGCCAUUACAAGCAAGCCAUUUAAAGCUGUUGUGUUAUUGCUGAGACAUCUUCUUUUUUUUUUUUUGUUAUGUUGUGUGGGGUUUUUUUUAGCUCUUCCUCCUGUCAGGAAGUGUUUUCAUCUCAUCAAACAGAAUGAACGACUGUAUUAUUGCUGAUAUCGAAAGGAUUUUUAUCUUGCUGUAUAGUAUAAUUGAGAAAGUAGAACAUCUCUGCCACAUUUCCAGAGUAUUAUCACACAUUAUCACAAAGACUUCAUAGGAAACGUAUCUUGAUAAUCAAGUAUAGCCACUGUAUCCCUGUAUAUGAAAUGCCAAUUACAAAGUCCCUUUCUACAUAUAAAUACAUUGUGAUCCUGACCAUAUUUAGGGAAUUAUAGAUAGAUCUUUGUGUUGUGGUCUGCGUAGCCACAGCCCAGUCUUGUGCUGUCUGUCUGUCUGUCUGCAUGUCCGUCUGUCUGUCCGUCUGUCUGCCCGUCUUCCUGUUUACUCACCUCUCCACUGCAAUAGCCAACAUGUGGGUGAUUUCUCCAGGACUAGAUCUGCUGCUGCGUAUAUAUAUUUAAGGUGGGCUGAGGCAACACACACAGAGAAAGAAGGUACAGUGUAAAUUGCUUUUAGGCAGAGAGGCACUGGAAAAAAAAAUCACUGUAACUAUGUACUGUAUAUCUUUAUGUGAUCUGUAUAUCUAUCUGGGUCUCAAAGAUUGUUUGUUAGUUUUCUCUCUUCUUCAGCCUGUUGAUCUGAUUGUCUGCCAAUCUAUUACUCUUCAAUGUAUAUAUAUACACUAUCUACCAUAUUUACUUAAUUCACACUGUAUUUUUGUCACAAAACACAAUGUCUGUGCAUUGUAAAGAAAUAAUUUAAGCAAAGAUUUACAGGAAAUUAUCUUAUUCAAAGCUAUGUUUACACAGUCUUAAAAGGAACCCGCAUUUGAAAGAACAACUUGUAACAUCUCUUCAGGGUGCCUUAAGACCUGAUGAAAUAAAUUGUGGAAUAAAAGUGAUUUUGAAGAAAACAA